GCGUUUUGCUUUAACCCCUGUUGAUUCGUCAGUUGAUUGACUUCAAGAAAAAGUGUGACGAGUGGAAAUGAAUUUGCAUCAACAUAAUGCCACAAAUGCUGUCUCAACCUAUACCGACCCUUGAGUAUGUUCUUAAGAAAGCAAACGUGGUUUCCAUUGGAUAAAACGAAAAAAAUCCAAACAACACACCUAUAAUGGUUUAAGAAACUAACUUCCGCUUUCUGUCCUCCCGUAGCCUGCCGCGCUAUCCCCCUACGCCGCUAAGUACUCACGCACGUCUCCAGAAACACACGCAGAUGUUGAGCCCGCACCUAAACGUUAAAGGCACAAUGAAAACCUCGCUCGGCGCUGAAGGGGAUGCAUACGCGGCCGGCGGCUCAGAGACGCCAGGCUAUUCCUGCUGGAGAAGAAGGAUUCCUUCCUUCGCCGGUUGGUUGGUUGCUAUGGAUAUCUCUCAAAAGCUCUUAGAAUAAUGGCACAUCCCACCUCUGAUGUCAGAGCCGUUGAUGUGUGUGUAAAGAGGGAAGGAGCCCGAGCCUGUUGCUCAUAUCGUCAAACGUGCCGCCAGCGCUCCAGAAGCUCCACAGCCUGUUGAGGGAUCGGAUGGAGUUGCGACGCCGAGCGGCACGCUCAGUUUCUCCCGCUACCUAAAAGCGGAAGAAUCUCAACCCGCGGAUGAACUUUGCAGAGAGGAAGCCCUGGACUACAGGCAUGUGACAGCCGCUGAGGUGGAGGUGGCCGGGUGAAAGAUGACUUUACUGGCAGGCGAUGGUUCGGAUUACGACUACAGUGCUUUGAGUUGCACCUCGGACACCUCUCUGAACGCGCCGCCCAUCCAAGAGCGAGAGGCCCUCAAGGGCGUUUAUUACAAACGGGCGCAACGACUGCCUCCGCCCGACCCCGGCGUCCCCGAUGCGCUCCACCCGGACGACGGCCAGCGGCUGCACGUCAUCAUUAACGUGGGCGGCCUGCGCUACCAGCUCCCCUGGACCACUCUGGAGGACUUCCCGCUCUCGCGCCUGGGCCAGCUGCGUCUGUGCAGCAGCUUCGACGAGAUCAUGCGGGUGUGCGACGACUACGACGUGGUCCACAACGAGUUCUUCUUCGACCGCAGCCCCUGCGCCUUCCGGACCAUCCUCACCUUCCUCCGGGCCGGGAAGCUGCGCUCUCUGCGAGAGAUGUGCGCCCUGUCCUUCCAGGAGGAGCUGCUCUACUGGGGCGUCCCGGAGGAGAGCCUGGAGUGGUGCUGCCGGAGACGCCUCCUGCAGCGCGUGGAGGAGUGCGACGAGCUAGAGCGGGUGGCGGAGGAGGACGAGGACGACGACGAGGACAGCGGGAGCGGACUGGCCGGGGAGUCUCGUCUCGGACGCUGGAUGGGAAAACUCAGAGACAUGGUGGAGAAGCCUCACUCCGGCCUGCCCGGGAAGAUCUUCGCCUGCCUGUCGGUGCUGUUCGUCACCAUAACAGCCAUCAACCUGUCCAUAAGCACCAUGCCUGCCAUGAGAGAGGAGGAGGAGACUGGCAAAUGCUCUCAGAUGUGCUACAACAUCUUCAUCGUGGAGACGGUGUGCGUGGCCUGGUUCUCGCUGGAGUUCACGCUGCGCUUCAUCCAGGACCGCAGCAAGCUGGCCUUCCUCCGGCGGCCGCUCAACCUGAUCGACGUCGUAGCCAUCCUGCCCUACUACAUCACGCUGGUGGUGGACAGCACCUCCACGGGCGAGAAGCGCCUGGGCUCGGGCAGCAGCUACCUGGACAAAGUGGGCCUGGUGCUGCGCGUGCUCCGGGCUCUACGCAUCCUCUACGUGAUGCGGCUGGCGCGCCACUCGCUCGGCCUCCAGACGCUCGGGCUGACGGCGCGCCGCUGCACGCGGGAGUUCGGCCUGCUCCUCCUCUUCCUCUGCGUGGCCAUAGCGCUGUUCUCGCCGCUCCUCUACCUGAUCGAGAACGAGGCCGGCGUCACGCGAGAGUUCAGUAGCAUCCCCGCAACGUACUGGUGGGCCGUGAUCACUAUGACCACGGUGGGUUACGGAGACAUGGUGCCGCGCAGCAUCCCGGGACAGGUGGUGGCGCUCAGCAGCAUCCUCAGCGGGAUCCUGCUCAUGGCGUUCCCCGUCACCUCCAUCUUCCACACGUUCUCCCGCUCCUACGUGGAGCUCAAGCAGGAGCAGCAGAGGCUGCUCCAACGCAGGACUCACUUCCUGCUGCGCAGCCGCAUCGCCGGUCUAGGAAGCAACCUGUCGCUGGAAAGCGAUGUGCUUUUCCCUAGCGUCUCGUCCGAUCACAGGAACCGCGAGGAAUAGGAAAACGCUAAUGGACGCGGACUAUAAAGCAGCUGUUUUGAUAUAUUGAAUGUCGUUUUACGCGUCCCAUCAACAAUUUGUUACAUGGAAUUUAUCAUUGAUCUCAUUAUCAUUUACUCAUCCUCGUGUCCUUCCGAAGCCGUGAAGGUCCUUGCGCACUUGAGUGUGUAUGCAUUUUCACCAGUGCUGUCAAACGACUAAUCGCAUCCAAAAUAAAAGUUUUUUGUUUACAUAGGCCUUAUAUAUGUGACCCUGGACCACGUAAGUGUCCGUUUUUUCCAAAUUGAGAUUUAUACAUCGCCCGAAAGCUGAAUGAAUAAGAACAAAAAUCUAAAUGCUGAGAAAAUCAUCUUUAAAUUUGUCCAAAUGUAGUUCUUA